GCGGGUGGCAGCAGAGCUGCGUGAUGGCGCCGCUGAGGGACUGCAAGGCCUGGCAGGAUACUGGACUUGCCCUGUCCACAACUAGCAAUGAAGCCUGUAAGCUAUUUGAUGCUGUGCUGACACAGUAUGCAACCUGGUCUGAUAAUGAGAGCCUUGGAGGUAUUGAGGGAUGUCUCUCCAAGUUAAAAGAAGCAGAUCCAAAUUUCACAAUGGGACAUGUCAUUGCAAAUGGCUUGGAGCUGAUUGGCACUGGAAGUUCAGUGAGGCUCAACAAAAAGCUGGAGGGUGCAAUGAGAACGAUGCUGAUGCUUUCAAAGUCACAGCCACUGACUGAGAGGGAGAAGCUUCAUGUGUUAGCGCUGGAGGUGUUUGCCAGGGGGUAA